AUGAAGCUUAUCACUGUGACCCUCAUGUGCCUGCUGUUGGCUGCAGUGUGGCCACAAGAUGUGGACAGCAAGAGCAUGCACGUGUCCUCCUCUCGCUGCUGCUUCUCAUUUCUGAAGAAAAAGCCUCAGCAGAAAUUAAUCCAGUGUUACAGACGAAUCAGCUCCACCUGUCCCCAUGCAGCAGUGGUAUUUAGGCUGAAGAAAGGCAGAGAAAGCUGCGCCUCCAACACCACUGCAUGGGUUCAAGAUUACUUGCAGAAGGUGAAACCCUGCCUGCUGAGGUGA